AGGAAAAAAGAAGAAAAAUGAAAGAAAAAAAGAAAAAAAGAAAGGGAAAGAGAGAGAGAAGGAAAAUUUAAGAGUACUUGUGUGAUAUUUUGCUGUUUUGUGGUAAACAAAUCAUCAUAUUUCACUGAAAACAUAGAAGGUCCAUGUAUGUUCCAGUAGUUAAAUGUAUUAAUUUAAGUUAAAUCAAGUACAUUUAAAAUUAUGGGGAGAAUAACAAUAAUACAUUGUAAAAUAAAAAUUCCACUAUUAGUAAUUAUUUCACAAGCAACAAUAUUUCUGUAGACUAGCAAACAUUUAGUAAGCAGAUACGCAGCUCAUUCAAUGAGCCAAGUAAUUUUUAUUCUUUAAAUAACAUCCUGCAUGAUCUAAGGGGAGAAGGGGGAUAUUUCAUUUUGAUUAAAGACAAGCAUUUGCAAAAAGCUUCAACCAAAAUGUGUUAUCACACAUUAGGAACUUCCCUAUCAUUUGUUCCAUUGUAUGCAUUAGUCUGUACUGCCAUCUAGUGGUCAUUAUACACAGCCAUCAUUAAUGGUAGAACAUGAAAACAUGCUAAAUAAAUUUAAUGAAGCCUUUUUUUUAUAUUAAUCAUAAUAGGGCUAUGGUCACAUCUGUUGUACUAACACUUUCUAUUAUCAAUUAUCCUUUGUUCUGCUUACCUUCACAUGAACUGCUUCAGUUUUGAGAGCAACGCGUGAUUGGCCAAUGAAUCCCGAGAACGCCAUUCGCUCAGCAAAGAUGGAGAUUCCGACGCGCGAUUGGCCGAGGUACUCUGACAAAGAUGAAGCCUCGGGAUUCAUUGGCCAAUCACGCGUCGAAUCUUCUCGCAGUCGACGUGGAGGCGGGACCCGAUUUUUUUAUUCUCAGGUAUUCAUUGCGUGUCAACAGCGAAAAAAAGUAAGAACCACUACAUUAACAACAAUAGACUAUUACAUAUAUAUUUUUUUUUAAAGCUGGGGAACAAUAGUCUGUUUGAGGAAGGGGAGAAGGAAAAAGAAGGGGAAGGAGGAAAAAAGAAGAAAAAUGAAAGAAAAAAAGAAAAAAAGAAAGGGAAAGAGAGAGAGAAGGAAAAUUUAAGAGUACUUGUGUGAUAUUUUGCUGUUUUGUGGUAAACAAAUCAUCAUAUUUCACUGAAAACAUAGAAGGUCCAUGUAUGUUCCAGUAGUUAAAUGUAUUAAUUUAAGUUAAAUCAAGUACAUUUAAAAUUAUGGGGAGAAUAACAAUAAUACAUUGUAAAAUAAAAAUUCCACUAUUAGUAAUUAUUUCACAAGCAACAAUAUUUCUGUAGACUAGCAAACAUUUAGUAAGCAGAUACGCAGCUCAUUCAAUGAGCCAAGUAAUUUUUAUUCUUUAAAUAACAUCCUGCAUGAUCUAAGGGGAGAAGGGGGAUAUUUCAUUUUGAUUAAAGACAAGCAUUUGCAAAAAGCUUCAACCAAAAUGUGUUAUCACACAUUAGGAACUUCCCUAUCAUUUGUUCCAUUGUAUGCAUUAGUCUGUACUGCCAUCUAGUGGUCAUUAUACACAGCCAUCAUUAAUGGUAGAACAUGAAAACAUGCUAAAUAAAUUUAAUGAAGCCUUUUUUUUAUAUUAAUCAUAAUAGGGCUAUGGUCACAUCUGUUGUACUAACACUUUCUAUUAUCAAUUAUCCUUUGUUCUGCUUACCUUCACAUGAACUGCUUCAGUUUUGAGAGCAACGCGUGAUUGGCCAAUGAAUCCCGAGAACGCCAUUCGCUCAGCAAAGAUGGAGAUUCCGACGCGCGAUUGGCCGAGGUACUCUGACAAAGAUGAAGCCUCGGGAUUCAUUGGCCAAUCACGCGUCGAAUCUUCUCGCAGUCGACGUGGAGGCGGGACCCGAUUUUUUUAUUCUCAGGUAUUCAUUGCGUGUCAACAGCGAAAAAAAGUAAGAACCACUACAUUAACAACAAUAGACUAUUACAUAUAUAUUUUUUUUAUUGUAUGUGAUCCAUUAAGGUGUUUAUAUUGAUCUGCUGGCAACCUGCAGCACUUCUCAUGUUACUGUGUGUUAUGAUGAACUAGAUUACAUUAACAUCAGCAACGGAUUCAUAUAUUUCUAACUUUUUCUUGUAUGUUAUGCUGCAUUAAGGUGUUUUUUUUUUAUGUCUCCUAUGAUGAACUAUAUUAACAAGAAAUCAUUCAUGGAUUUUUAUCUUUUAGUGUUCUUUAAAGGUUUGUUGUAAAUGUCAGUCAUUAUAGAUUAUGAUAUUGGUGUGUUAUUGUUUAGUGUUUAACUGUGUUGUUACUGCAAUUAUAGUACUGUAUCACAUACAGUAAUGGGUGGUCAAGCCAUGGGCUAGUGUUAAUAAUAAGUACAUUUAAUCAUUAUUUUUAAGCUUAAAAAGACUAAACAUGUUUCAAAUGUUCCAGAGAUGUCAAAAAAGUCUCACAAGGCCAUGGGGGACGAAGAGUGGAUGUCCCGUCUGCGGCGGUUUGCCAGCACAGGGGUCUGGCCCUCUGAAGCUGGCAACAGGCCUGCCCCCCGCCAGAAGAAGUGCAGACCCUCUCUAUGGCUCUGUGCAGACCUGCCAACAUGUACGCAUUUUGCGUACCAGAUCGAUAAAUGUCCAAUGCAGGUCCGUGGCCAGGCAACACUUUUUGGUGGACCACAGAAAUGCCUUUGCGGAUUCCAUCCGUCUAAGGCCACAAGUGCUCCACCUGCCUCCACUCCUACCGCUGUCCCACCUGCCUCCACUCCUACCACUGUCCCGGUCUCUACCUCAGCCCCAACAUUUACAAGGCCUGCACUUACCUUAUCCAUGUUUACAAAGCCACGAUUUGGAGGAUCUAUUAGUUCAAAUGCCAAACCAAACAUAAAUAUACCAAGGCGGAUUCAGCCUGGUAGUCCAUCCCCUUCAGACAGACCUGCCACUUCUCCUGCCACCAGACCUCCUUCUGCAGCCCAACCUGCUGCUUCAGCCAGUCUUUUACCUUCACCCAGUUAUUUUCAUUCAACCAGUCCAUCUCCUUCAGCCCAAACUGCUGCUUCAGCCAGUCUUUUACCUUCACCCAGUUAUUUUCAUUCAACCAGUCCAUCUCCUUCAGCCCAACCUGCUGCUUCAGGAAGCCUUUUACCUUCAAGUUCGUCUCCAUCAGCCAGUCCUUCUCCUGCAGCUAGUCCUGCUCUUACAUCAUUGUUGUAUCUCCUGGAAGGCCUGAACAGGUGGAAUCAAGACCGGACAGCAGCAUCAAUUUCCACAAAAUCCUCCCCUCUUCUAACAUACUCAGGGCAGGUGGUGCAAAGCAUCAACACCAACAGCCUAAAAGUUUUUGGAGAGAAGCUUGUGCCCACCUUUCAACCUCCUGCACAGUAUACUGGGGAGCUAAUUGGAGUGGACUAUUUACUUAGUCAGACAGGGCAGCCACUUCAGUCAAUGGAUGCUGACAAUGAGCAGACAGACCAGCUGCUGGAGGAAGUGAAUGUAGAUGAGAAGGAUGAGGGAUUUGAGGAGGACAUCAAUGAGGACCCUACACUGAGUUUCCUUCUUGAAGAUGAAGCUAACCCAUCUACAAUUCAUCCUGUUAAUCCUUCAUCCCAGCCUGCUUCGUCUCCUUCACAGUCUGCCUUCUCCCAACCUGCUACUGCUGCCUCAUCCCAGCUUGCUGCUCCCUCAUACCAGUCUGCCUUCUCCCAGCCUUCUGCUCACUCAUCCCAGUCUGCUGCACCCUCAUCCAAAUCUUCUGCCUUCUCUGAACCUGCUACUGCUGCCUCAUCCCAGCUUACUGCACCCUCAUCCCAGUCUGCUGCUGCUUCUCCCUUAUCCCAGCCUUCUGCUCACUCAUCCCAGUCUGCUGCACCCUCAUCCCAAUCUUCUGCCUUCUCCCAGCCUGCUACUGCUGCCUCAUCUUCUCAGCCAACUACACCCACAGUCCAGUAUGCACCAGGUUCCCCCACUCAGGUUCCUGGGGAGCUUUUGGCUGUGGAUGACCAAAACAUUCCAGGAAUGGACCGGGUGGAUAGACUGGCUGAGUAUUUGGUAGAGCUGAGGACAAGCACGGGGUUAACCCUGAGCAGACAGCAGGUUGAUGACAUUGUAUGCCUGUGGCAGAGCUUGCUUGAUUAUGACAAGCAGCGAAUAAGGUUUUCUGCAAGACACCAGGACAGGCUGACAACCGGGAGGUUCAGGUCUCCAAAAAAGAAGGCUGUUUUCACCCCUGGAGUGGAUAGCCUGAAAAGAAGUGUGUUGGCAUCUACAGCUUCACCUGCCCAAUGGCCAGACUGCUGUCGUCUUGUGGAGGCCAUUUUCACCAGGCUCUGUCACAUCCAUCGAAGUCCAAGGAGGAAAGGGAAGGGUUCGCUGAGUCGCUGGUCUCUCAUUUUAGAAGAUUACCGCAAGAUCCGGCAGCUGAUCCUGUCUAAUGGUGCCAUCAUGCAGGACACUACUCUCCAGCUGGUGGAGGUAAAUCAGACCACUCUGGUUCAGUGGCACAAUGGCAGGGUUAAGAAGCAAGAUGAGAGACUUCUGCUUCAGGGGAUUGAUCUGCCUGACCCUCUUGGUGUUGCUGCUGAGGCUCUCCCACCUGCCAGUGUCCGUGCUGUUGCUCCACCACAGGUCCAGGGAGAUCAACAUGUCUACAACUUGCCACAAAGCACAGCUGGACAAGCUAGACUAAAAAGACGAAUCGCUAGCAAUACGACUGAGGUGGUUAUACCUAAGGUACCAACCCCAAGGCCAAUAAUUCCUCGGCCUGUUGGCAGCCUGCAACCAGUUCCUGUCCUUCCCAGCACCAGCCUGACUGUCCCCCUUGCCUCCCACAGUACCCCUACCUUCACACUGUUUGUUGUCCCUCAAAAUCCUCCUACCACUCCCAGUUUAGUCCUCCCACCUCCUGCCACAGUCAGUCAGUCUCAACUCCCUCUCCCUCGUCCCUACCACAGAAAGGUUGAGGCAAAUACUUGCAGGAAGUGUGGGCAGUUUAGGACAGCAGCGACUGGGCACAGCCAGUUUAGAGGGACUAUCUACUGCCCUGUUACAGAGACUCUUUCAAAAGAGCAGUGGCUUGAACAAGUAAAAAAAAAGAAAUAAUUUAAAUAGUUUGUUUUAUUUUUUCAUUUAUACACACACUCACUACUAUGUAUAUAGUUUUAUAAAAAAAAGAAAUAGUUUAUUUUCUCUUGUUUAUUUUU